UUCCUGUCGCGUGGUUCCUUCAGUUGUUUUGACACAUCUCCCCUAAAUUCCCUCAUGCACUUCACCUGGUAAUCCUUAAGUAAUCACUCGCACCUGCCCUUGAUUCCCUCUCGCCUAUAUAGUGUCCCCAGUUCCUUUGUCAUUUGCCAGUGCGUCGUUUAUGCUCGUGGAGUUCACGUCUGCGAUAGGCGGUAUAGCGGGGCAUGUCAUUUAAUCUUCACUCUGUGACGUGUGAAACAGGAAACGCAAGAUAAUUCGCUGGCAUUUCUUAGAAACGAUUUCUCAAUCGUAAGCAGAGAUAAAUAAAUGACAAGAAGAAGAUGAUAAACAAGAAGAGGACACCCAACGUCUCCCCUUCAAACAUGACUGAUGGCUCGCCCUCGCUGUUUAAGUCUCUUUGCCUGCACGUCUAUGCUGCUGCUGUUGAUUUCUUGUUCCUUCUUCCAUGAUACGGAGGCGUUCGAGUGUCCGAGUGUCGUCCACAAACGAGUGGGAGACACCGUGGAGUUUUCUUCGUGUUUACCACCUCAAGGCGUCACCAAUGCUCUUUGGACAUAUAAAGAUGAGAUUGUUGCAGAAUUGGAUGAAGAUCGAAAAGGAUUUGAACGUUAUCAGUUCAAAGGCAGAACGAGUCUAAACUGUGCAAACUUUAGUCUAACAGUGAGACGUCUGACUCUUCAAGAUUCUGGUGUUUACCGUUUUUACUCCGAAGUAAACAACGUCACCAUCACUCUGCACGUUCACGCGUACCUAACUCCGCCCGUCCUCACUGUCGCCUCCACGUGGAACACCUCAUCUGAGUCCUGCACAGUUUUGCUGGAUUGCAACUCGCCGUCUGGCAGCGAAGUCACCUACAACUGGACUGUGAAGAACCAGACUCUCAACGGCUCCAGGCUGCAGUUCACCAUCUGGCCGCGGGAGGCCGAAACCACAUUCACCUGCACCAUAUUUAACUUUAUCAGUGAACAAUCUGCCUUGAUAACGGUGAAGUGUAAUGGCAACGCCAACAUGACAGAGGACAGCUCUCCCAGUCUUCUUCUUCUCCCACUGAUGAGUGGGCUGAUCAUCGGGAGUUUGCUGAUCAUUCUCCUGCUGCUCCCGCUUGUUUUCUGCUCGCAGUCGAAAGGUGGAUAUCGCAACAGGAUGAAUCAGUCACAGUCGGUCAACCAGGAUGAAACCCAACAACACGUGUACUGCUCUCUUCUCCACGGUGAUGGCUCUGUCUACGAAAUGCUAAGAGUCUCUGAAAAUGCUGGAAACGUAUUACGUGUGGAAUGAGAGCAACAAAUAACUGGAUGGAUGGAAACUCUAAUUUGCAGGACUUGUCUUUCUUUGUUGUUUGUUUUAGUGAACAUGGAUUUGCUCAUUUUCAAACCUGGAAAAAAUAACGGAAUAAUGGUUUGUUUCUGUAAUGUGGUUGUAAGGUAAUGAAACUUUAACAAUUACUCUUUCGAACCCCAUUUCAUAUUGAUAAAUCAACAUGAGUCCUAGUCCUGGAAAGAGGCAAAAACUGAUUUUGGCCAUUUAAAAAGGAGGUCACUUAAUGAAAUAUGCACCUGCUUAAGUCCUAAGAAUAUGUUUGUCACUUUAUCUUCUGUAAGACGAGCUUUUCUGACUGGAAAGUGAAGUUUAUAAACUGCUCACGCUCCUGCACCAAAGUCCAUAGAGAAAAUCUGUGUUUUUAGCUUACAGGGACACUGGAGCUGCUGGUCUACCGCUGCCUCUUGUGGGAAGUUUGUGUCACUUCGGUCAAUCCGGAUAAAGGAUUUCAAACACAGAAAUCACAAAGCAAUGCAUUUGAAGUCAAUGAUAGAAGCAGCAGUUCAAAAAACAUGAAUUAUUCCUUUAAUGUUAAAGACUUUUUUGUGCCAAAGUUAGUAUACGUCGUCAUUUUUGGUUUUCGUGUGAGUGUUUGAGUUAUGACGCAUAUUUAUGCUUUUCAUUUUACAUUGCACCGUAUGUAGCGGUGAUUCCCAAAAUGUGGGGCGCGGCCCGGUGGUAAACUGGGAAGGCUCUGCAUAUAGGCCGCACAUGGUCAUACAUCAAAGCUUUUAAAGUUCUCUGCUGUGUUUUGUAGCCUCAAAUUAUGAAAGUUGAAAAUAUGGAAUUUUUUGUUUUUAUUUACUGAGUUUUUAAUUAUGUUUACUUUAAAAAUGUAUUCUUUUAGCUCUCCAAAUGUCUGUGUAUAUUUAUAUAUUUAUGUAUAUAUGUACAUGUGUAUAUAUGUAUAUGUAUAUAUGUGUGUGUGUGUGUAUAUAUGUAUAUGUGUGUAUAUAUGUGUGUGUGUAUAUAUAUAUGUAAAUAUAUAUAUAUUUAUAUGUAUAUGUAUAUAUAAUGUUACCACAUUUGCAUAUGUAGUUUUUUUUUUGCCACUUGAUGGCGCUCUGCGUAUGUUUCCCUUUCAGUUCCUGUACUCGGCUGCUCAGAAUGAAUUUGACUGUUUAAACUCUUGUUAUGAAAAUCUUUUUUGCUUCAUUUUGGGAAGAACCAAACACAUUUUCACCUUUCGGAUUCUUAAAUAAUGCAAGAAUCUAUGUAAACUCAUUUUUAAUCUAGGUUCCUAUCCAAAACUAGGGAGUUGUUACAAUGCAUUAGUGUGAAAUAAAUACAUUUAAACUUG